GGCACAGAGACACAGAAACAAAACACUGGGUCUGGACUCGCUUCCGUGUGAUAAGGCAAUUAUUCAACCUGGACUAUAUUCAGAAGGCUAAUUAAUACAGUUGUGGAUGUAUAUUUUGUUUGAUCCUAUGACACUGGAUAACCUUUUCCAUCAUUUGUUGUUGACACAUAUUGGGAACGUAUUGACAGCGGCUUUCUUUUCUUGAGGAGACGCACACAUACUGUAUGUGAAUUCUCCUCAGAUACACAUACUAUUCGUGUAUCUUUCUCCCCUAUUUAAUGUUAACAGAAGGGAUUAUGGCGAAACAACCUCCAUCCCCUACCACUCCAGUAUUUUUUACCCGGAUCAGUGAUCGAGAUCUGACUGAGAUCGAGCUACAUUCUGUGGAGUCCAUCAACGACCUGCACCGCACCCACCCAGAGCACAACCACAAAGGCAGCAGACGACCUCCCCUUCCUCCUGCUCCCUCCACCAAUGGGAACCUGCAUCUCCGGGACAGACCAGUUGUCUAUCAGACAGGGCAUCCAAUGAGAAGCCGAUGGCAGAGCACGCUCCGAGACCUGUUGAUGCCCACCUCGUUCCGAUACACCAUGGGGUGUGCAGUGACAUCAUUGAUGCUGUUGACGCUACUUCUUAUCUUCUGUUUCUUAGUGCAGCAGGGUAGCGCUCUCCGGUCCUUAACUGAAGCAGUGAGGGAGAGACAGGCUGCGACCCUAGAGGUCUCCCAGCUCAUCCAGGAGCUGCAGGUGCUGCGCCACAACCUCACAGCCAUCACGGGAGGAUCCUGAGGAGCAGAGGUCACAGAGAGGAACACCCUUCACCCCUGGACCCUGAAAACCCCGUCCUAGUGGCCCCCUGGACACUAAUGUAACACCAACUGUUAACUACCUGCCCCAACAUCUCCACUCAAGUCAAAUCCCUGCCCUGCACAUGGUAUUGGAACUUGGGCCCAUCCAGAAACAACCCCUACUGCCAUAUGCACAACAGAGCCCGGGAGUUGGAACCCACAGAGAAUGUUUCCAUAUACUAUACUGUAUAUUUAUGAGUUGUUUGAUUUGCAAGACAAAAAGGAGAA